AUGGUCGAACCAGUCCGCGACAACAAAGGCUCCAACAUCGUCGGGCCCCGCAACCCCGACAGAGAGCGCCAGAACCCGGACAUGAUGCGUCCCCCGCCGACCGACUGGGGGACUGUCCUCAACAUGAAGUGGUCCUGGGCGGACUCGCAUAUGCGCUUGGAAGAGGGCGGCUGGGGGCGCGAGGUCACCGUGCGCGAGCUCCCGAUGUCGCGCGACCUCGCCGCGACAAACAUGCGCCUCGAGGAAGGCGCCGUGCGCGAGCUCCACUGGCACAACGACUCUGAGUGGGCGUAUAUCCUGGAGGGGCGCGUGCGUAUCACGGGGAUUGAUUAUGGAGGACUCUACUUCGAAGAGGACGUCGAGAAGGGGGACCUGUGGUUCUUCCCCCAAGGUGUCCCACACUCGCUGCAGGGCCUCGAGGGUGGUUGCGAGUUCCUCCUGAUCUUCGACGACGGCGAAUCCUCCGAGUACAAAGCCUUCCAGCUCACCGACUGGCUCGCGCACACGCCGCGCGACAUCCUCCGGAAGAACUUCAAGGUGCCCGAGUCCACGCUCGCGCACCUCCCCGCGCGCGAGAAGUUCAUCUUCCGCUCGAUCCUCACCAAGCGGAGCGCCGCGGGCGAGGUGCAGCCAGGUGCGCCGCUCACCCGCCGCCGGCUCACGCACAAGAUGCUCGCGCAGGAGCCGAUCAGGGUGCCCGGCGGCGAGGUGCGCAUCGCGGACUGCUCGAACUUCCCCGUGACGACUAUCAGCGCGGCGCACGUCGUGAUCAACCCGGGUGCGCUACGCGAGAUGCACUGGCACCCGUAUGCGGACGAGUGGUCGAUGUUCCUGAGCGGCAAGGCGAGGGUCACUGUGUUCACCGUGCAGGCAACGCGCACCUACAACUUCGUCGCAGGCGACGUGAUGAUCGUCCCGCGCAACUGCGGGCACUACAUCGAGAACAUCGGCGACGGGCCUAUCGAGAUGCUUGAGAUCUUCAAGUCGCCCAAGUUCGAGGAGUUCUCUUUGAACCAAUUGCUCGCUGUUACCCCGCCGCACCUCGUCCAGGCACAUCUGAACGUCGGUGAAGAGUUCACCAAGGCCCUCGACAAGGGUCACACUCCAAUUCGCGAUGACAGCGUGCCACAGUGA